UUUUCACAUACACUCGGUUAUCUUGCUGGUGUGUAAUUGUCUGCAAAGAGACUCUCACAGCAGACAUCUCUAAAAAGACUGAGGAGCAGAAGGAGAAGGAAACGAAUCUGAAUGCCAGCGAGGAUGCUGAAGGGAAAAGUGGCUGUAGUGAGUGGAUCGGCUCAGGGUUUGGGAAAAUCCUUCACACACAUCCUGCUGGAGAACGGAGCUCAGGUGGCCAUGUUGGAUGUGAAUGAGGUGCUGGGUCAGGAGCUGCAGGUCCAGUUGAAUCAGCAGUACGGAUCGGACCGGACACAGUUCUACAAAGCAGACGUGUCGUCAGAUCAGCAGUUUACAGAUGUGUUCCAGAAGAUUCUCAGCAAAUUCGGUCGCAUUGACAUUUUCUGUAACAACGCAGGAAUCGUUGAUGAGGAAAACUGGGAGAAAACCGUCUCCAUAAACCUGUCAGGAGUGGUGAGAGGAACGUAUUUGGCUCUGGAUCACAUGAAGAAGCAGAACGGUGGAAAUGGAGGCAUUAUUAUAAACGUAGCAUCGCGGGCAGGUCUUGGUCCGCUCCCAUCAGCUCCAAUUUACACAGCGACCAAGUACGGUGUGGUGGGAUUCACCCGCGCUGUCUCUAUGGCGUCUCAGGUCUCAGGUUAUGGUGUGAGGAUUAACGCUCUGUGUCCGAGUUUCGUCAGAACGGCGCUGAUCGACUCGUUUGACCAAGAAGAAAAAACAGGACAAUUUCACAGUCUGGUUUCUCUCACACGGAGUCUGAUGGACAAAUUCCCCAUGAUAGAGGUGGAGCAGGUGGCAAAAGCGUUUCUAUUCUUGGUGAAGGAUGAGAGUGUGAACGGAGCGGCUCUUUUAGUGAGGAAUGAAGGUGCAGGGUACGUCAAGUUCCCUACAGAUGUGGAGACCACGCCCAUCUCUCUGUAACCAUAGAAACCUGUUAGUCCUGGACCAAUCACAUUCAGUCUUAAUCCGAACCAAUUCUUUCUGAUUACAGAUUCCUUAUGAAGUGUUAUUACCCCUGUGUUUAGUACCCCUGUGUUUAAUACCCCAUGUUUAUUAUCCCCAUGUUUAGUACCCCUGUUUUUAAUACCCCCGUGUUUAGUACCCCUGUGUUUAGUACCCCCGUGUUUAGUACCCCUGUGUUUAGUACCCCCGUGUUUAGUACCCCUGUGUUUAUUACCCGUGUGUUUAGUAACCCAGUAGACUGUGAGAAUAAUCAGAGAUGAAUGAAUAAACCUUUACACAGUGAGUACUCUCCUGUUUAAUAGAUUAAUAAAAGGAAAUUUAUUUGGUUUAUUCUGUUCACACUGAGGUGUUUAUAAAAUCAUUUAUUCUGA